AUGGAUUCCGCAGCAAAACAUACGAAUCUCGAUACCACAGAUUUGGUCAUCUCCAUAACCCUCCGUCAGGACCAGGCAGCUCGACUCAGAACUCCAUAUCUGAAUACCGUUCUGCUCAAGAGGUUCAGUGGUCACACUGAGACUGGAAGACGGCCUUCUGUGAAAAGCUGCAAACCGGAAUCAGCCCAGGCUCUCGACAUAGAUGCCACGAGAUACGAAGAAGAGUCGGAAGAAAUUCGAGAGUUGACUUACUUCAUGGAUUCCCUCCACAGCCAUCGUCAAGACAAUCAAUCCACUGGAUCUACCUGUCCACCUUCUUGUAACACUGCCCUGGCCUUAGGUGACCAAGCGAAGCCGCGUAGUCACAAUCCAUUGGUAUCAUUCCUCACUGGUUCGUACACAACUUACGAUCGACUCAUGCAGUCAAAGCUCUCAACAGACUCGACAAGCAAUGGUAUACAGUGGUCUGCUCUGGAAUUAUCUACCAACAACGUUCUAGUUGACAGUACAAGACGAUCGUCCCGUGUUCCACCCGGAUCCCGUGAACAUUAG